AUGGCGGCGGCGUCUGCAGCGGAGGAGGAAGCGGCGCCGGGGUCCUCGGCCGAGGGCUCGGAGCCGCUGUGGGAGCUGCUGCGGGGCGGGUGGCGGCUGCUGGAAGAGGUGGAGGGCAGCACGGAGCCCUCCUCCGGCGCCCCCGCCCUCCAGGCCAAGGUCCGCCGCGGCAUCGCCCUGCUCGAGCGCGCCGCCCACGCCCUGGCCCAGCUGGACCUCUUCAGCCGGCAGGAGGAGCUGGAGGAGGUGGCCUCGGCCGAUCUGCGCUUCAUGCUGGUGCCCGCCCUGCUCGGCGCCCUCGUCCUCCGCCAGACCAGCCCGCCCGGAGCCGACCUCGAGCAGCAGCGCCUGCAGCACCUCCGCCGCGCCCGCGACUCCUUCCUCGCCUUCCUCCGCCUCUGCCGCGACUACGGCCUCCACCGCGGCGCCCUCCCGCCCGCCCAGGACCCCCAGCAGCAGGAGGCCCCCGACCCGCCCCCUGCGGCCCCCCGACCCCAGCAGGCCGCCCUCGUCGCCAUGGCAGCCGCCCGCCAGGCCAAGAUUGAGAGGUAUAAGCAGAAGAAGGAGGCAGAGAACCGGCUGGCCGCCCUGAAGGCCUGCGUGGAGAGCGGGCAAGCAGAGGAGGAGCAGAUCCGGGAGUACUACUUGCUGCAAAUAAGCAUGUGGGUCACUGUCAGCCUGGAGGAGAUUGAAAGCAUUGACCAAGAAAUCGCAGUGCUCAGCCGGCGAGAUGCCUUGAAGCAGGGUGCUGCAGCCACUCAACCCUCACGGGCUCCCAGGCCUCCAAUGAAGCCGUUCCUCCUCACCCGGGAUGCCGCACAGGCAAAGGUGUUUGGAGCCGGCUACCCUAGCCUGGCCACCAUGUCGGUGGACGAAUGGUAUGAGCAGCACCGCAAGCGAGGCGCCUUGCCUGACCAGGGCAUCUCACAGACAGCCACAGGUGGUACAGAAGAGCAGCAGAAGGACCCAGAAGAAGGGCAAGCAAAGGAGGAGGAAGAGGCCGUCCGGAAGGCCCGAGAAUGGGACGACUGGAAGGAUACGCACCCCAGAGGCUAUGGCAAUCGGAAGAACAUGGGCUGACAGUGGCUUGUGGAGGGGCUCACCUAGAGAGCAUUGGCCAGUCGCCCAGAGGGCCUCCCAUGCGGGGUGUGGCGAGGGCUUCCUGUCUGAAUGGGGGAGGGGGAGGAGAGGCAAGGCUCUGCUUGCCAGGAGGUUGCCAGAUGCCCUGGUGAGGGGCAUGCCCACAUGGGUAUGAGCAGUACUGCAGCAGCAGAUUAGAAGAUCAAAUUUAAAACUUCCUGUUAUCAAGAUGUUAAUAUUUAAUAAGAUGAGAGGACAUUUAUUUGGAAGGAUUUGGCUGCUGAAUCAAAAUAAAAUACCUUUCUCAGUGCAGUUUGUGAUUCUCACUCAGUAUGAGCUGCUCUCUCCUGUUCUCUGGAAAGGGGGUAAGAGUUGUGUUUUGCAAAUUGGAUGGUUGUUGGAAGUGUGUUGUGCACAAAUUGUUUUAAGGCUCUUUUUGUUCUACUUCACUAGCUGGUUGUGAAAUGGUCACCCCAGUUGAUGGGGAGCACGGCUUUUGGUGCCCGCCUUGACCCUGUGAGGCAUAGAGCGAUCUGUCAUGAUGCACUUAAGACCACAGAAAUGCUGGGGGCACAACUUGCUGAACUGCCUCCGGCCCUAGACGGGGCUGAGGCUCUCCAGCUCUCCUCCCUCAUGCUGUUUCUACUUGGCCUCUACGUGGAUCUUUCCACCAGCUUCCUUGAUGAGAUCCAAGCCAAGUUUUGAUGACUUCCCAUGAUGCAAAAAGUGCCCUGCUUGGCAUAAUUCCAGGGAUGAUGAAUGGCAGCCCGGAGGGGAAAGAAUGGAUUUUGAAGAUCCCAUAACCUUGGAUGGCAUGCUCUAGUGACCUGGAAGAAAAUCCCAACCUAUGAAAUAAAGCUAUUUAAUAAAAGACAGAGACUGAUGAAAAAAGCAGUCCAGAAAUAUUGGAAUAAUUAGCAGCAGUUGAUGGAUACUGUUAACUAAGUAAAUUUGUAUUGCUUUGAGUCAA